CAAGUGGGGAGGGAUUAUGUCCGCACGCGGCGGGCGGUGUUUUGAUCUAGCCAGCGGGACUGCGGAAGACAACAUUGAAAGCCACCAUUGCCAUAUGCAUGACUCAGUGACUCUAUAUUCAAUGGCUGCUGCUAUCGUUGUCCCUGCGAAGCUCCCCAUCAAAAGCAAACCCGCUGCCUAGCGCUCCGUCUAAGAGAUGGCUACACGGUUGGAGGCCCUCCGAGCUGUAGCUAUCCAGAACUUGCAUGCCUUUCAGAAGGCCUACGAGUUUGAGUGUGCUGAGUGUCCGAGCUGCUGUAAGAAGGCAAACAGCGAGAAAAAGAAGAGAGUUUAAACGUGCGCAGGCCAUGAUGUGAAGGUGAAGGUUGGUGAAGACGCGUUCUUCAUCAAAGGAAGAAAGCACAAGAGUUUUGCCAGCCACGAAGAAAGGGUAUUGAAAUACAUCGAGACGAUGACAGCUACAACAGCUACAAGCAAGUACUUCAAUUACCUUCUGGCAAGCACAGAGUCUGAGGAAGGGCACAGAUUGUUAGUGUUUGAAGCGCUCGACAGGACAAUGAGUGAAUUGCACUUCCGCAACGUGGACACCAUCAAGGUGGCGCUUGAGAUGUUGCAGACUCUCCGUCGGAUUAGGGUCACGCAUGGAGACAUAAAGCCUGAAGCCUUCGUGUACAUAAGCAGCAAUCGUCUGGAAACCAUGAAGGUCGUGGACUUCGACAGGGCGAUCGUUCGCGACGCCGGGGGGGGCUUGUUGCUGAAACCCCCUGGUAAGCCCGCCGAUGACAGCUACAAGGGUGUCCUUACAGAAGACUUCGGGUUGCCCUUCCAGGCAACACCGCGCCACGCUGCACUUCUCCAACUCUUUGGCUUCAAUGCAACGGUGGACACGGACUCGGAACAGCUCGGCGGUGUCGUGCUGCACGCGUUGCAUCCCAAGGAGGUGCUCUGGUCAAGACUGAGCCCAAAUCUUCUGAAAGGGAUGCCCAGCAAGAGUGUGGUGGGGCUGGUAGGGCGUCUGAAGCUCCUCGUUCUAGCUCAAGCUGCUGGGAAGCUGACGUUUCACUUCAAAGACUACCCCAACCGGGACCCGAGAGAGGUGCUGCUAUGGUACACGCAGCGGCGACCCGCUCUGGAGGUUUUCGACCACAGCCUCUUUGCGGACAAUGACGAGCUGCACACUGAGGGCUCCGAUGAGGCUGUGCAGCCAAGGAGCCCCCGACCUGCAAGCUGCCAGAGGUUGAUGGCGGCCAUCUGGCGCUUUGCUGAGUCGCAGAUGUCGUCGAGCGCUGAGGAGGCCCGCGAGAACUUGGAGACUGAGCUGCUCGAGCUGGUGACGAGGCCGAAGACGCUGACAGAAGCGCACUUUGCCCCUGCAACCGAGGACGAGGAGGACGAGCCAAACGAGGCUGGCCGGCAGGGUGAGGGCCUCGCAGUUGCGAACCCGGAGGGCAAGGGCGCCGCACCUGCUGUAAACCAGGAGGGCGAAGCUGCGAAGCAGGAGGGCGAGAUCAACCCUGAGUCGGGCCGCAGGCUGUCUACACAGGCGUUGGAAGUCCCCUCCGGCCCCGAGGGGAAUAUUGCGGAGCGACACUGCCGACAGCUUCUGGCAAAGGCUGGCUUCGAGGAAGCCAAAAGCGGCAAGGGCGGCAAGCACUACCUGCCGAUUCCGAAGGACCUGCAGAAGGUCUUCGGAAAAGUGGGAGGGAUCAUUUCUGAUGUGCCAUCAAAAGCGGGUUGCUCCUCCAAUCUGGGCCACACCGAGGUCGACUGGCUGGGUUCAAGCAAAGGCGUCGACUGGGUGAGGAAUUUGCUGCAGGACGACAGCGCUGGGCAGGUGGUUGCUUCCGAUCUGCAGCUCUCACCUGACGACGAGUGGUCCACGUUAGUGACUUGCUCGGGUGAGGGUGACGGCGAAACAUUGGUAGAGGUUGGCCUCGGAGGCAAGGGGAUCCUGCUUCGGAAGACCUCACAGAGCGACUGCAAGGCUGCUGCGUGGCUUCUCGAGCGAACGGGGUCAAUGAAUCCUUUGCGAUUCGUGGACACGGGGCUCUGGGUUGGCGUCAUGGUGAAGACCAUCACGAGCAGCCACUUGCACGACGCGGAGUACGGCCUCCGCAAAUCACAUGGUCGCCACCCGUACCUCCAGAUACUCUCCGUUCUUGGGAGGGUGAAACUCCUCGUGCCUCUCCACCCGGCUGUCGACACGCUUGUUGCGUGUCAUUCAAACACGGUUAACCUUUCGCACCUAAGCUCUCACCAGGAGGCCCUUUCGCAAGAAAUAGAGGAGUUGAAAAAGAAUCAAGCUACUAUACAGGAGACCGUCACGAAGCUGCAGGCAGAGGAGGUAGAGCGGCAGAAAUUCCUCCGCCGGACCAUCAUUGCCGUUGGAUCGAGUGUGAUGGGCAUCUUAGGUUGGCGCUUGUUGAAGCGUUAGGACUGUCGCUCCAAGCCUCGGCCUGUACAUAAGCGGAGCUUUCGUUACUUUUAACUUUUUCUCAUCAGGGUCUCCAGGCCCGGUAGAGUACUACAGAGACCGCAACAAUAAACGAGGGGCUUUUGUGCUUGAAUUAACACGGUGAAGGUCUACGAAUUAUACUCGGAUGCCCUUAGUCCCAUCGUCACAGAUAAAGGCACCGCGCCGACUUAAAUCUACAAGCGACCGGCAAGGUCAGCUGGUCUAUUGAGCACGUGUC